CAAACAUGCCUUUCUCAUUUAACAAUUUAGGAAGCUAUGGAAUGCAAAGGAUCUUCUCUGGCUUAUUAUAUCGAUAAUAUAAUAGUUUGUUAUUUUAGGGCAAUUUGAAAGAACAGAUUUUGCAAAACAUUUAGCAGAUAAUUUCUACGAGCUCUGCACAUUUCCUCUAAUCGAGCCAUUUCGCAAAGACACUGCGACCACAGCAGCCGGCGGACGCCGGGAGAGUGAUUUCCCUUCACAUCACACACGAAUCUCACUGCAACACGAGAACCAUGUCGGCACCGCAGACGGGCGAGGCAGCAUCCCCCCUUCAGAUAUGCAGGAUUAUGCGGCCAGACGAUGCCAACGUUGCGGGCAACGUCCACGGUGGCAACAUCCUCAAGAUGAUAGAGGAAGCCGGAUGCAUUGUCGGCACGCGGCACUGCAACACACAGAACGGGGACCGCUGCUUGGCAGCUCUGGUUCGGGUGGAGAAGACAGAGUUCCUGUCCCCCGUGUUCAUAGGCGAGGUCACCCACGUCACUGCUGAGAUCACGCACACCUCCAAGCACUCGCUGGAGGUCCAGGUCAAAGUCAUGGCUGAGAAUAUCCUCACAGGUGCCAAAAAGCUGGCCAACAAGGCAGCGCUGUGGUACGUCCCCUGCUCUCUGCAAAAUGUUGACAAGAUCAUGGAGGUGCCACCCAUCAAGUAUGCUAGUGCUGAACAAGAGGAGGAGGGCAGGAAGCGCUAUGAGGCUCAGAAGAUGGAGAGAUUGGAGACCAAGGCGAGGCCUGAAGAGAUGAUGCCAUCUCCACCCAACCCAGAGGAUCCACCAAAAGAAAAGCACACUGUUGGCUUUAGCCAGUCGAGUCUGAUUCAUCUGGUGGGCCCUUCAGACUGUACACUACAUGACUAUGUUCAUGGAGGUGUGACCAUGAAGCUGAUGGAUGAGGUCGCUGGCAUUGUGGCAGCUCGUCACUGCAAUACCAAUAUUGUCACUGCCUCAGUGGAUGCCAUCAAUUUCCAUCGCAAGAUCAAGAAAGGGUGUGUGGUGACGGUGACGGGACGACUCACAUUUGUCAGUAACAAAUCAAUGGAGAUUGAGGUGUUGGUAGACGCGUCCUCAGUGGUGGAGGCAGAGAAGGGGAAAUAUCGUGCUGUCUCAGCUUUCUUCACCUUCAUCUCCCUGGACAAGGACAAUAAGCCCCUGCCUGUCCCUGCCCUUAAGGUUGAAGGCGAGGAUGAGCAGAGACGUUUUGACGAGGGGAAAGUACGUUACCUCCAAAAUAAAGAAAAAAGGCUGUCAGAUAAGAUGCGUGGCCAGUGACGCUGCCACUCAGAAUUUAACACCUGCAGCAACAAUACAAUAACCCCACACAAUAUGUAGUAUGAAGUAAACAUUUUCUGCUUUAUGAUUAUUGCUUUUUCUUGAACCUGAACCUGUGAUUUUUUUUUCCUGUGCUACACCAAAGUAUCCACAUAUACUGUAUAUGUAUGUAAGAGUACAUGAUUUAUUUUGGAGAGAAUUUUAAUGACGUAUGAAGACUGUUUUUUUUUUCGAUCACUGUCUCCUGUCUCUGUGUAGAAGAGUACUAUUUUGUUUGUGGAAGAUCUGAAGACUUAAUUAUCAUGUCAGUUUAAAGUGAUAAUCUGAGCACAAGGAAACUGAUGAAUAAGCGAGUGAGUAGUAAUAAUGAAUAAAAGAUCCAAGUGCUA